CCAAGCGUGCAUUUUUGACAUUCAAAUUUGGUUAGAAUAAUCGUGUUUGGUGAUAAAUGUUCAAGUACUCAAACAUUUCCUUAAUUUACCGAAGCUCUUAUUGAAAGCCAUUUCGAAAUAGCUGACAAAUCACUGAAAAUGGGUACUGAAAUUCUAAAAUCCUUCAGCCACCUGCAGAACGAGCUGGAAGAGGCCAGGAAUAGCCUCAAAGGUGUGGAUGAGAAUAUCAAGCGGUUAAUAGGAAGGGCUCCUAAUGAGAUGCCCCCACGGCCUGGCCAAAAGCGGCCUUUGGACGACAAGGUUUCCAGACAGCCAUUUAACAAGUUCAGCAACAGAGAUGAUCAGGCCAAUAAGCGAAGGAACUUUAAUAAUGUGUCUGUGUUUAAACGGUUGUCAGAGAAGGUGCCCGAUGAAGAUGUGAAAGCCCCGACCAGGGGCCUGAUUAGUAAGGUUAUUGCGGCGCCCAAGGAAGUUCCCAGCAGGCAAGCGGUGCUGGACAAACAAAAUAAAGACGAAAAAUUCAAGGCAAGAAACAGGAGGAUGUUUGGUGCUCUGAUGGGCACGCUACAAAGGUUUCAACAGGAGGAAUCUAAAUUAAAGAAACGGGAGGAAAAGAGGACACAAAUUGAAAAAAAAAUUGAAGAACAUGAACAGCAAGAAAAAGCGGAAAUUAAAAAAGAAAGACAGGAGCUGUUUAUGAACCGCAAGAAGAAGCAGCAGGAAAUCAAGAUGAUUGAACUCAAAAUGCUUAGAAUGAAAGAGUACGCUGCCUGGGAGGCGUCCCAAAAACCCAGAAGCAACUUCAUUACCACGAAGGCUAAGCCCCACAUUCAUUAUUUGCCUAGAAAGGUAAACGACAAGACCAAGGAACUGCUUGAAAAAUCUAAGAAAGAUGUUGAAGAGCAAAUUGAGAAACGGAAACAAGCAGUAUGUGAAGAACUAGCGCACAUUGAAGAUCGCAUGAAAAGGAAUUUCGAGCCUAGAUCCAACCUGGAAGUGAAGGAGCCAGAAAAGACCAGCGAUUGGCACGACAGACAUGGCAGUGAGAGUGAAAUGGAUGACGAUAUGGACUUAAAACCUAAAUCUCCAUCACCCGAACCAAAGGACGAAGCAGAAGAUGUUGAACUUUUGCAGAAACCAGAAGACCAAUCAACAGCAACAGAGGACAGUGAACAACUCCAUCAAACAACAGACUUAUGUGCUAACGGUGUAUCGGAAAUCGAGGUGCAAAGUCAAGAGGUUACUGUAGACAAUCUAGAGAACAUUAACAUUGAAACUGAUGUUUGCAUGGAUAAUGUUCAGGAAGUUCAAAGUGACGAAGUCUUGGCAAAGGAGAUUCAGGAAAACGACGAGGAGAACAUUUGACAUACUGAGUACAAAUCCAUUAACAUUAGGAUUUCGAGGUUUUCUUAAGAGGUCUUUUUGCAGUGUUUCAGUUCGUUUGUUAAUUAAAAAGUGCACAUCUGCUGGUUGAAAGGAACAUAACUGUGUAUAAUAUAAAAGGUAAAUACGGUCAAAUGGCAAAUAUUGAAAACGAUAUUUCCCUGUGUAUGUAUGUACGGACAAUGCUGCUGGAUGUUUUAAAUAAAUCUUUUCCGAUUCAUCGAAAUAAUCACAAUUAUUUCGAUAGAAAAUAGCAAACAAUCAUUUAUUUCUAAUAAAAAAACGGACUUAAAAAGAAUGACAUCCUUUGUAAAUCCUUAAAAAUGUACAGGCUUAGGUAUAUACAGAAUAGAAUGCAACAUAAUUGA